UGGCGACCUCAUCAGCGCCACGGCGGGCAAGUGGGUAGAUGACACGAUCGUGUAUCAGGAGAUUGCGCUCUUGCCCAAGUAUGAGGACGACUGUUACGUCCAGGUCAACACAUGGGCGAUCGAUGGCGAGUACGGUGGCACGGUGCUUCGGAUUGACGAGUCCAACAUCAUCGGACUCAGUUCGGGCAUCUACCCUAUGCGUGUGGUGCCAGACAAGUCAUCGUCGUUGCCUGCUGCGUUAAAUUAA